AAAUCCCCGCGGGCGCGGAGCCCGCCCGGCGCCGCCAUGAGCCAGCGGCAGGUCCUGCAAGUGUUCGAGCAGUACCAGCGCGCCCGAUCGCAGUUCGCGCAGGCCGUGGCCGACCUCGCCGCCCGCCCGCAGAGCAUCGACACGCUCCGAAGUGCAGGUGUAGUGUGUUUGCUGAGACCUCUUCUGCUGGAUGUCGUCCCAAGUAUUCGACAGACCACUGCCUUGGCUCUUGGGAGACUUGCUGAUUGUGAUGUGGAGCUGGCAGAGGCAGUUGUGAAGGCAGGCAUUCUUCCACAGCUCAUAUGUUCAUUGCCUGAGGAGAAUCGUUACUACAAGAAAGCAGCUGCAUUUGUGCUAAGAGCAAUUGCUAAACAUUCUCCACAACUAGCUCAGGCAGUAGUUCAAUGUGGAGCACUGGAAAUGCUGGUGAUUUGCUUGGAAGAUUUUGAUCCUGGAGUCAAAGAAGGUGCAUGUUGGGCACUUGAGUAUAUUGCCCGACACAAUCCAGAACUGUCACAAGCUGUGGUGGAUGCAGGCGCUGUUCCUCUUUUAGUGCUCUGUAUCCAGGAGCCCGAAAUUGCUUUGAAAAGGAUUGCUGCUUCAACUCUCAGUGAUAUUUCAAAGCAUUCUCCAGAGUUAGCACAGACAGUAGUGGAUGCAAGAGCUAUCGCUUACUUAGCUCAGAUGAUCCCGAACCCUGAUGCUAAACUGAAGCGUCAGGUGCUGUCAGCUCUAAGCCAAAUAGCAAAGCAUUCAGUGGAUCUUGCAGAGUUGGUGGUUGAAGCAGAAAUUUUCCCAGUUGUGCUCAUAUGCCUGAAGGACUCAGAUGAAUAUGUCAAGAAAAAUGGUGCAACUUUAAUUAGAGAGAUAGCAAAGCAUACGCCUGAGCUUUCACAGCUUGUAGUAAAUUCAGGCGGGGUUGCUGCUGUGGUUGAUUGUAUUGGCAGCUGCAGAGGGACUGUCAGACUGCCUGGCAUCAUGACACUUGGUUAUGUGGCGGCUCAUUCGGAGGACCUGUCAAUGGCAGUGAUUGUCUCCAAGGGAAUACCACCACUGGGUGCCUGCUUGAUAGAAGAACAUGAAGAUCAUAUUAAGGCAGCAGCUGCUUGGGCCUUGGGACAGAUUGGAAGACAUACUGCUGAGCAUGCACGUCAUGUUGCAGUAGCAAACGUGCUGCCCACACUGCUCGAUAUCUUUGUGGACACACGCAGCUCAGAAGAUCUUAAGGCGAAAACUAAGAAAGCUUUAAAGAGCAUUCUUCAGAAAUGCACGUAUCUUCCAGCACUUGAACCCCUGCUUCAUGAGGCCCCUCCUGGUAUUCUAAAGCAUAUUAUUGGACAGUUUAGUAAGGUGUUACCACACGACAGUAAAGCACGUCGUCUUUUUGUAACAACUGGUGGACUUAAAAAGGUUCAAGAAAUAAAAGCAGAACCUGGGUCACUUCUUCAGGAAUAUAUCAACACUAUUAACAGUUGCUAUCCAGAGGAAAUAGUAAGGUAUUAUACCCCUGGAUAUUCUGAGAUACUUCUGGAAAGGGUGGAAAAUUACCAACCAGUUUUAUAAACUUCAGUGUUUUAUUAGAGCUGCAUUUCACAUUUAUGCCUUUAUGACUGUAAUACAAAUACAGCUGUUGAAAGCUUUGCUUGAUUCUCAAAUCUCCUUCCACUGUUUGAACUACUGAAAAAACUCAGCAAUUAUAGCAAACUAUAUUUUGUUCUUUUAAAACUUGUUGCUAAGUUUUUGUUCCUUUUUGCUUUUCUUUAACAUUUCUACCAGAUAUUGCCACAUAUAUGAAUGGAAUUUCAUGCAGGGGUGAUGAUUUAUCACAGAAGCUUUUUUAGAAUCAGUCAUUUCCUUUUCCUUCCACAAGAAAGGUUUGUUAUCUCAUUCAAAUUUUAGCCUUCUCGGUACUGUUACCAUUUUCCCCUUUUGCCUUUGCAUAUUGUUUAAAGCUUCCCAAGCUUGAUGAGGGGAAAAAAGCUGGCCCCUGUGCUUUUUCCAAUAAUGGAAUUCUUUCUGCACUGAGAUAUCUCCUACUGCUACCUUUGAGGAAGUAAAGUGUUGUGAUUUUGCAUGUCCAAACAUGUUAGUAGCAGCUAAACAAAGAAAUAAUCAGAUCUGAAGAUGAUACAAGGGCUGAAUUCUAUAUGAUAUGAUAGUGUGGUGAUCCUGGCUUGGUAGAAUGAUACAUCUUUUGCAAAAGUCCUCCUAAUUAAAGCAGGAUUCGCUGUGGAGGAAAGGAGCACUACAUUGUUUGGCCCAUGCAAUGUUCCUCUUGAGAAGGACAGAGUGAACUCAGAACUUCCAUUGAUGCAAAGGGAAGGACCCUGGGAGCUUUGGUUCUGCAGGGGUCAGCAGCACAUUUGUGCUCCUCACAAGAGAGGAGAUUUGCUUGGCUGCAGGAACACUGUUGGAAAAGCUCUGAGCACAUUCAGAGGCAAUCUGAGGACACUUAGCUUGCACUCAUUGGACUGAUGGGACUAAGGUGGCUUAGGAUUUAUCCUUCAAGAGCUGAAAUACCUGAAGAGUUGAGUUAAAACACAUUUGGAACUUAAGUCUUGAAGCUGCAGAUCACAGUGAUGUAGAGGUAUGAGCUCUUUCCCACCUGUAGAACAUCCUGAAACAAUUUUUACCUUCUGUUGGAGAGUGAAAAGACUUGCAUUCUGCUUCCUCCUCUGGUGUAUCACACAGCAAACAACCCUCUAGUCUUCCCUAAUAUGUAACCGUCCUUUACCAUUUUUUGUUCUAACCAUUUUUCUUUUUCUCAUUUGCAGCAGUUUGGAGGGUGUGGUUGUGGGAUUUGUUUGUUCAUUUUUGGUGGGUUUUUUUUGCAUUUUUCCUAAAGACUACUAAAUAGAGUUUCUGGAAUGGGAUAUCGAUAUACUGGCAGCAUUUGAAAACCUCCACUGGAGAGUAGCUUACCUACUUUUUUAAACAUAUAACUGAAUGGGUUUAUUAAAGAAGGAUAGUCUCAUCUAUUACUUGUAAAGCAGGAGCAAAGACUGAUUGCAGUUGGAAAUCAUUUAGAGUGACUUUUCUUUGUGAAAUUCCAAAUGAUUAUUUUUUCAAAAUUCUUGUCAGCAUAUUUUUCAAUAGUUCACAGAAACAUUGGUGGGCUAUCCCGUGUUAAAAUUUAUUUCUACAGAGGGCUGUGCUCCUGCUGUGAAGUACUUGGUGCUCUCAGGCUCUGCUUUUCAGGAGGAACAGGGGAUGCACAGCACCUUACUGUAUGGAGACUGAGACGGAAAAUGUCGGUGUCAUAAAUGUUCAUGUAGAUUCCACACCAGAUGGGUUCUUUCCUUAGCCCACAGCUAAGUGAGAAGCCUUGGAACUGACCAGCUUCUACCAAAUACCUUUUGGGUUUUAGUGUUUAUGUUCUGACAUUAAUGCUGGGAUACUCUGGCACUAUUAUUGCUAGUGGAAAAACUUUGAGACUCUUAACGAUAUUGUUGUUAAGAGUAAUACUCAAUAAUUGUCUCAUGCAUUAUGGAUAUUUAAAAAUCAAAUCUUGUACAAUCUCUGAAACAAAAUGCAGUGGAAGGGCUUCAAGGCAGUCUUGAAGGGUCUGAAGCCUCUCUUUUCCCUAAGAGAGCAGAAGUGGUGCAGAGGGCUGCGUGCAGAUGGGAGGCAGCAGGGGCGUGGAGCUGUGUGUCCCCAUAGCUGCCUCGUGUGCUCAGGAGCACCCCCACCCCACACAAUGCUAAUGUAUAUGUGUUGUGCAGAGAGAGCAAAGAGGCUUCAGUCCCCUGACAAAUGUGCUCCUGCUGUGUCACACUGUGCUACACUGUAAGGAUUCCACAGGGUUAAAUUUCAAUGCCUAAACAAUUUGUUCACAGUCUUUUCACAGUCUUUUUCUGAUUCCUGACAAAGGAAAUGAUUGCACAAGGCAAACCUUCAAAGUGAUCUGAUUGUGUAGAGCACAAUCUAAAUCAGACCUAGCAGAAAUACAUCUUUACAUCUGCUGGGCAGCUCUAGCCUAGGCCAGCGGCUGUUUGGCCUCUUGCUGCAAGAUUCCUGGACAAAUUCCUGGCAAAGUCCUCUCCCAUGUAGUUUGAGAGCCGCACAGUUGUUCUUUGCUGGCAGGCUGCUUCUCUUGCACAAACACCUUGUGGCUGCAGGCUUCCCUGGUGGUACAUGUCUACACAAGACAGAUAUAGCCCUUUACAGCAGAAUUGUCACUAAUUUGUAUUUUACUAAUGUAACUAUGGCAAGAGUUGCUUUUUUCCUGUAGUGUUUCUAUUCCGUCCUCUCAUUUGGUUUAAGUCAUCAUCUAAAACUAUAUUAAUGUUUGUAAUAGCUACUCUGGCAGGCUUCAAGUGCAUAUCAUUUGUCUCAAUUUCAUAUAAUAAAAUGUAGAUUUGCAUUUUAAUUCAUUCAAAUACUGUUUUCAUGUGAGUGGGUGACUGUGGUGCUAGAGAAGAUGAACAACAGGCUCAUUUUGCAGCUUGGCCCUUGCACUGCCUUUGGAUGUUUGUCUCAGCUUACCACUCAGUGGUGCCUACUUCGGAGCUUAGGACAUACAGGCAUUUCAAGUAAGAGUCCCUCUCACAGAGAUGGCUUAUUAAGACACACAAAGAAAAUUAAGCCAGUGCUUUGGCAGAAAUAAAUGUAAGCCCUUAAAUCAUUUUGCCUGUUCCUUUGACUGCAGCAUUGGGACUUUUCAACUCAAGUCUCUAAAGAUCUUCUCUGGGGGCCUGAGCCAUGAUUUUUGUCUGCAUUACUACAGUUAUUAUUACAUCUACAGAUGUAAACCAGGACCUUGACAGAACUUGUAGAUGUGUAGAACUUUUACCAUAUUUCAUUCAGCGGAUGGAUUAACUGGCCUACAAAAGCUCCUUUCUUUAUCUGAAUGACUGGAAACCUAGAGGAUCUGAAAAGGGGAAAUUCAAGGAGUUCAGCUCUUGUGCAUAUAAUAUGCUCUGCAUGUCCAGAGGGAUUUACCAAGGGAUUGCUUUGUCUCAUCUGAAGUGAUCAAGCUGCUGGAGAUCUGCAUCUUAACAAACAAAUGAACAAAAUGUUGAAGGAGUUGAAUGGAACUGGUGGAGGAAAUGAAUCUCAUUUUGUGAAGUAAAGCUUAAAGUUACUGUAAUUAGGAAGUGGAUGGAGUGUGAGUAGAUCUUCAAGUGUUCUUGAUUUGGUCUAAGGGGUUGUGAAUUAGCCUGGCUGAAGGGGAGUUUUAAGCAUGGAAAAUGCUAUGGGAUGCUUUCAACUUUGUUAUAAGUUGGAGUCCUCUGAUUUCUGGGUAUGUAAGGUUUGCAGACAAUCGUCUCACUAUGUUAGGAAUCUGUGAAACAUGCUUGCCUCCAUUUCUUCCUUAAUGGCUGCUUGGUUUCCAGUAUCUUGGUUGUUGGAAUUUUAGAUCUCCCUUUGUGACCAAGGGGGAAGGAAAUGUGGAGUAGGACUGGGUUGCAAAGCCAGUGGUUCCACUUCUCACACUGACAUAGGAUUGCUUUUAUGGUCUUGGAUAAUUAUUACAAAUCCCUAUGAUUCAUCAUCUUCAUCUGUGAACUAUCUGUUCUACUCCUUUGUUAACUUACAGAAGUGCUGGGAAAAUUAAAUUCAUAUGAGAGAUUGAUGCAGCAGAACUUAAGUUCUUUAUAACUAAUACCAUACUCAGAAAGAAAUAUUGUUCAAGAAUCUACAAAAAUUUACCUAGGAAAUCUUGGAGAUGCUGAUUUUUAGAAUCGUAGUUGAAUUAAGAGUCAGUGGAUUUUGUGAGUUUCCUCAUCUGACACAAUUUAAAGGGAUCAGAGAAAAAGAGGAAAUUAUUAUAUCUUGUGACUAUACAAAAACUAUUGAAGUUAUUUUUGUAUAAUACUUAACUGAUAAUAUUGAUGCUACUGUGCUUUAUUCUGCAGCCAGCUCUGUAAUUUAGCUAGUGAAAAUACUAAUUACAUUAUUACCGCUGCACUGUAUUUCUAGAUACGGCACAAAAGACUGAGUUAGAAAAUAUGUAUAAGCAAUACUACCGCAUAUUUUGAUGAUGAGAAUGCCUUUUAAACCAGGAAAUAAUUUUGUGCUGCCUUUCACAAGAAGUUACUCCUGCUUGGGUUAAACGCGUUUCACGGCUGUGUCCCUCCCGCCCCGAGUUCAGACCACGAGGCUCUGAGUGCUCAGCGAGGUGCUGAGGGACCGGGAGCUGCUGUCCAUAGCACAAACCGGUUGUGUUCACUCUCAUGAAUCAGCAAGCCGUGGAGAGGAACAAUGCAAGGCUACUAAUGUCAUCUGUUUAGCAUAUUUCCACUGAGAUUUUGAAGGCUUGCUUUUUCUUCGUAAGUAUAUGCUUGUUCCGACUUCUAAAUUGAGCUAAAUUAUAGGUACCCAGAUUAACA